UGACAGAUGCAAAUGAUUGUCAGCAACAGCAAUUCCAGCUCACCGACUCAAAUCACUCCCGUAGCGAUCCCAUUCUCGUCUCUCCUCCUCCUCUACUCCGCCCGAGCCCUUCCAGAUCGGUGUCCCUUCCGCGUAUCUACUUUGCUCCGACGAUGGCGUACCUCGCCAAAUCGCUUUCCAAGCUCGACGUCGGUGAAGAUUGGGUCGCGUCCGCUCCUCCGGGCCUCGGGAAGAACCUCUUCGUCCUGUCUCCCGACCAGGUGGAACUGGCGAAGCUGCUAGUGGAGAUGGGGCAGAGUCACGUGUUCGAGCACUGGGCGGAUCCUGGUGCCGAUGAUGAUCAGAAGAAGGCCUUGUUCGAGCAGGUGGCUAGGCUCGAUACAAGUUAUCCGGGAGGCUUGGCAUCGUACAUUAAAACCGCGAGGGAACUCUUGGCAGAUUCAAAAGCAGGAAAGAACCCAUUUGAUGGCUUCACACCUUCAGUUCCAAAUGGAGAGGUUUUAACUUUUGGCGAUGAGAACUUCAUCAAUUUUGAGGAGACAGGCGUGAGGGAAGCUCGAAAAGCUGCAUUUGUCCUUGUUGCUGGUGGACUUGGGGAACGCCUUGGAUACAAUGGAAUCAAGGUAGCUCUUCCAGCAGAGACUACUUCAGGGACAUGUUUCCUGCAGCAUUACAUUGAAUCGAUUCUUGCUUUACAAGAGGCUAGCUGUACAUUGGCUGAAGAUGGAUGUGCCACCCAGAUUCCCUUUGUUAUCAUGACAUCUGACGAUACUCAUGCACGGACCUUACAGCUGUUGGAAUCAAAUGGUUAUUUUGGAAUGCAACCUUCUCAAGUUAAACUUCUGAAACAGGAAAAAGUUGCAUGCUUGGCGGAUAAUGAUGCAAGGCUUGCACUGGAUCCGCAAGAUAACUACAAAAUCCAGACCAAACCUCAUGGGCAUGGUGAUGUUCAUGCACUUCUUUACUCUAGUGGCCUUCUGAAUUUGUGGCAUGAUGCUGGUAUGAAAUGGGUCAUCUUUUUCCAAGAUACAAAUGGACUUCUGUUUAAGGCAAUCCCAGCAUCUUUGGGUGUCAGUGCCAUCCGACAAUUUCAUGUCAACUCUCUUGCUGUUCCCCGAAAAGCUAAAGAAGCUAUUGGAGGAAUUGCCAAACUUACUCAUGCAGAUGGGAGGACGAUGGUGAUAAAUGUGGAAUACAAUCAGCUGGAUCCCUUGCUUAGAGCAACUGGUUAUCCGGAUGGAGAUGUGAAUGAUGAGACCGGUUUUUCUCCUUUCCCAGGGAACAUAAAUCAAUUGAUUUUGGAACUCGGUACAUACAUUGAAGAAUUGAAAAAAACAGGAGGUGCCAUAAAGGAGUUUGUUAAUCCAAAGUACAAAGAUGCCAGCAAAACUUCAUUUAAGUCCUCUACCCGACUCGAAUGUAUGAUGCAGGACUACCCAAAAACAUUACCUCCAACUGCAAGAGUUGGGUUCACGGUGAUGGAUGCAUGGGUUGCCUAUGCACCAGUCAAGAACAAUCCUGAAGAUGCUGCAAAGGUUCCGAAAGGAAAUCCAUAUCAUAGUGCAACUUCUGGAGAAAUGGCUAUAUAUCAGGCAAACAGCCUUAUUCUUAGAAAGGCUGGUGCUCAAGUAGAUGAUCCUGUGACGCAAGUUUUCAAUGGGCAAGAGGUGGAGGUAUGGCCUCGAAUUGUAUGGAAGCCAAAAUGGGGGCUGACUUUCUCGGACGUAAGAAGAAACGUCAGUUCAAGCUGCUCUGUUUCUCAAAAGUCCACGCUGCUCCUUAAUGGGUGUGAUAUUUUCAUUGAGGAGCUCUCCUUGGAUGGAGCUCUCAUCAUCAAUGCUGGAGAAGAUGCAGAGGUUACAGUGAAAGCUAGGGUUGAGAACAAAGGGUGGAUCCUCGAAAGUGUUGAUUACAAAGACACUUCGGUGCCCGAAGAAAUCAGGAUCAGGGGCUUCAGGAUCGACAAAGUUGAGCAUCUGGAGAAGACCUUCGACGGGCCUGGCAAAUUUUGCUUAGAGGUUUGAGAGGAGGGUGGUAAUAAUAAAUCAGGACAAAAUUUUCUUUCUCCGGACUUCUUACUGAAAACAGAUGUAAUCCUAGAUAAGGCAAAUGAUAUUUUGAGUUCACUUGUUGUCUGUUAAGAAAGAAACGUAUAUCCGUGAUGGUACUUUUUCCAAUUUAUGAGCAUGUAAAUAUUUGUUUCU